CAUGAUUUUCGCUCGGGUGGUUUCUCUCUGCUCUUCAGCUCUCUCUAUGGACAGUGAUGAAGCACGGGUUUCCGUUGAAAAGACCCCCUUUCCAUAUUGAACGGGAUAAUCUGCCUCUACGGUCUUGACACGCUGUUUACUACCUGAAUCUAUUCAAAAUGGGUUUACCAUGGCUGGACCAGCCGGUGAUGUUGCACUCUUCCAGAGCAGAUAGCUGCAAGUUGACCGCAGAGCAAUGCGCCUACCGCAAUGGACAUUGGAGAUACUGGUAUCAAGCCGACCACGUCUACGCGCUGAACACGAUAUACUUUCUUUGCGCCACGGUUGGGGUGUUCAUGAUUCUUCGGAUGAUGGCCAAGUAUAGUCCCCUGUUUUUGCGAAGGACGGCUGUCUGGAAGAGGGCAACGACAACAGGUCGAUACCUUGCCUAUAAAAGUCUUCCGUUACCAGUCAUCAGUUUUCCUGCCACCGGUGUCUUUAUCUUGAUUGCUGUCGGGGCUUUCUUUUUCCUCGCAAUGACCCUCGGUCCACAACCGUACUACUGGCCAAAUACAGAGACGGUCUCUUAUGGGGGAAGUCCUCCAAUCGCAACCCGAGCAGGAUGGAUGGCACUGGGCCUGCUGCCUUUUGUCUUGGCCCUGGGAGCCAAAGCCAAUCUUAUAUCAGCGUUGACUGGGGUGACUCAUGAAAAACUUCAGGUAUUCCACCACUGGACUAGUUACGCCAUGUUCGUCCUUGCUUUGGUACAUACGUUUCCGUUUAUUGUCGUCCAUAUUCAAAAAGGGGACAUGGUGAAGCAGUGGAAGACGGAGAUCACAUACUGGACGGGGGUGGCUGCUCUGAUACCACAGGCAUAUUUGACAUUUAUGUCUCUGCCAGCCAUUCGGAACCGAUUCUACGAAUUCUUCAAAGCCACGCAUCUUCUGGCCGCAUUCCUGUUUAUCCUCUUCUUUUUCUUCCACUGUGACUUUCGUCUCUCAUCAUGGGACUAUUUCAUCGCAUCUGUCGCGAUUUAUCUCCUAAGUCUUCUUAUAUCUUUCGCCAAAACCCACCUCAUCCAUGGCCGUCACCGCGCGACAUUCGACCUUCUCCCAUGCGGCUUCCUCCGCAUCACUGUCCCAACUGUUACCGUUGUGUGGCGACCCGCGCAACACGUCUUCAUCCGUUUUCUUAGCCCUCGCCUGGGUCUACACAGUCUUACCGCACAUCCUUUCACCAUAAGCUCUACGUAUCCGACGAAAUUCGACUCGGCGAUCAAGCCCACCUCCAUGUCUAGGACAUCGCUGGACUCGAACCCGUCCUCAUGCUCGAAGCAGGUACCGAGUAGGAGCAUCUGCCCAAGCCUGACAUUCUACAUCCAGCCCCGCAGCGGCAUUACAGCCCGCCUUGCACAGCUUGCUGGCCGCCACCCGGGAUUUUCCAUCCCCGUCCUCCUAGAAGGGCCAUACAGCGGAACACCCAGAGAUCUCAACAUCGCGCGAUUCGGCCAUAUUGUCUUAGUGACUGGAGGGUCGGGGGGUGGUUUCUCUUUCGGGAUUCUGGAAGAGGUCCUGCAGGGGGUGAACUCUUCCAGAGAUUCGUCCACCGAUGCAAUUACCGAUGCAGCGGGAGACAACUUUUCUAGUGCCCUCCCUAGGAUCAGCAUCAUCUUCGCAACUCGGUCUCCAGCAGUAGCAGACUGGUACACCAGUGAGCUCAAUCGGAUCCUGCUGGAACAGUGUCCCAGCUCCCGCAGGAUAGACGUGCACAUCGACAUCCAUAUCACUUCUCAUUCCACUCCCCCUUUUAACCCAUCACCCCCUCAGGCUUCACGGGAUGAAGAAGAGAGAUACGUCAAAACCCCUGAAGUGACGAACAAGAUCAGCACCACCCCUACCGAGAAGAUCAAAGAAGAGAUCCAACCAUCGAACCCAGCCCCCACCCUCCCCAUCACAUACCAUCAAGCGCGUCGACCAGACCUGUCCCAGCUCCUCACCACCACAGUUCCUGUCACCAGGAGAGGAGGUGCAGAGCAGAAGAUCGGCAUCUUCACGUGUGGGCCUGGGUCCAUGAUCAAGGACGUUCGUAAUGCGGCGGCCGACGCGCAGUUGCGUGUUGGUAGUGGUAAGAUGGCUGGCGUGGAAGAGGUCUAUUUGCAUACGGAGAUGUUUUCAUGGUGAUAGAUGAUGGUACAUAUGGUGGUGCCGAGUACAUAUUGCAAAUACGUUGUGUAGACCAGUAUGUUGUCUAGGGAUAGAAGAUAAGCAUGAAUAGCGAUAGAGUAUAGUACAUACAUCUCUGCAUAUGACUACUGAACUGGG